ACGCGUCAGUUCAUCGGCAACCCUCAAGCACGACGCGUGUGCCUGUUUUGGUGGUGCGGUCCUGUCUGUUUUUUUUAUUUCUUCCUUUCUUCCCCCCCACCGUUUUUACUCCUUCGACAAAGCGAUCGUGACGGGGUAGUUCCUUUCUCCCACGGCGUGUUCCAACGCGUGCACGGAUCGGGACGGCGUGAAAGUUUGCUGCAGUGACGCGAUCAAAACAAGGUGACGGUGUGCAAGAGUGUUUGGUUGUGUGGUGCAAAAACAAAAUACAUCCAAGUACUACACACAGAUCUGUUUCAAAAUUAAUUUCAUUUCUCGAGACCCCGAGCCGAGCGGAAGCAUUUGGGAAGGUUACGACGAUCGCAACAGAGUUCGUAGGGCGUCAUUAGCGUGUCAAGAUGAAGAACCUCAGCUCACUGAACCUGAACUGAACUCGACGGCCCUCUUCCCGCUCUCGCCUUAUCGCCGUUCAUUAUCCACUGGCCCUCGCACAGCCACGACCCGCGACCUGCCGGAGCGACUGCUGACCGUGGUCCCACGGUCACGCGCGGUACAGCAAGCAGAGAGGCCGAAGAAAGGUGUGCGCCUGCAACAGAAAGUGAAAUUGCCUGCGUCGUGGCCCCAAGCGUGCCUACCACUCGCGUCCACACUCCACCGGGCGGGCAGAUACGUGGGAACAUCUUGAGCGGUGCUCGCGAAGGUGGAGAGAAGAAUUCUCAUUUCCCCCUGGCGCAGCCCACGGUCUGGUACCACGGUAUAUAGAUCGCUCGACCGCAAACGAGAGCGCACAUUGUGCGGGUGUUGGAGCCACUGAUGAAUGUGUGCCUGUGUUGCUUUCACGUAUGUGUGUGUAUGUUUGUGUAUGCUAGUGUAUAGCAAAAGAUCCAUCAGUUUGUGAGAGUUCAUUGUACCGAUCGGGCAAAGUGCUCCUUUCUUGCAAGGAGCGCUAGCAGCAGGGCUUAAUGAUCCGACUGCAGUCGCUGUAGUGUGGCAAGUGUAGUUGUAUGUAAAAGGUCCAUUUAAAGUGCUUCCCCCCUCCAGCCGUACGGAAGUGAUACGGUGUGCAAUCGGUGCAAUCAUCAUCGUCUUUUGCAAUUCAUUUCCUUGCAAAAAAAACUCACCGAGCCUGGGAUCGUAUCGAGUUGCCAGGGCAGCUUCCAUCGGCCAAAGUCAGCCGAUUGAAGUGUUGCGCAACGGCCGGGCCGAGCCGCAUCUGCAACACCGGAAGUGGUGGUGGGAAAUUUUGACCACUUGACGGCAUCACUGGAGCAUACAGCCACCAAGGCAUCAUCAUUGUGUUUUUCCUUUCCUGUAUUUCGUGAGUCUUCGCAGUUGUCACAGGUUCUGCGUUCAUCAUCACGCACAGAAAGCGAACCCAAAAACGAAAGAAGAAAGAAAAAGAAAACACAUCCGCCUCCCGAAUUUUGUGGCACUGUGUCUGGCAGUGGUAGUGAAAAGAAGUAAAAAGUGUUGCUGUGCGAAAUAAGAAAGUGUUUCCUUUUUUUGUGUUUCUUGUAGUCGUCUCGUUCCCACCGCUCCUCACCCACUGUUCCAUAAUGCAGCCGAUGAUGAUAAUACUCGUGUUACGUUAACGUUGCGGCCCGAAAUUAGUGCCACCGACUGGAUACGGCUGUGGUUUUUUUGCACACUUUUUUCGUGUCGGUGAGGGUGUAUAGUGUACGGCACUGCAUAGAUUAGUUCCACCACGUGACGACAAAAGUGCGGUUUCGGUGCAAAGCAAAUGUGCGUACAGGUGCGCUUGGUGUAAAGGUGCAAAAGGUGAAUCUGUUGGUUUCGUAAUCACGCAAGCGCGCGCGUGAUCCUGUAACGGCGUGUGGGCAACAAUAACGCGAAGCAAGCCAAUAAUGCACCUGCUAGAUAACGUGUGGCAGAGGAUGUCGAUACUGCGACGAACCGGUGAUCACCGGUUACGGUCCACGAUCGCAUGCCACAUGCUGUUGGUGGUGCUCAUCCUGCUGAUGGAAUCGGCCGGUGGUCAAAGUGGACCAUCGCCACAGCAAGAGCAGGAUAUAUUGAUACUGGAUGCGCUCGGGAAGCGACAAACGUUCAACAAUGAGGAUUACGGUCAAAACUCGAUCAUUGAGCUGCUGGGUAGAAUGAUUCCCCAAACAUGCCGGCACAAGGGACGCAAGUUCGAGUGCGGCCUCUCCCUGUCCUGCGUGCUCGGGGGCGGCAAACCGCUCGAUCUCUGCUCAGGUGGUAUGAUAUGGUCCUGCUGCAUCGAUCGCGACUUUGCGCCGGAAAGUGAUCCCGAGCAUGGUGCCGUCCACAAUGCGAGUUGUGGUGAGCUGUACACUCGCACGAACCGUAUCGUCGGUGGCCAUUCGAGUGGGUUCGGGACGCAUCCAUGGCAGGCGGCGCUCAUCAAAUCGGGCUUCCUGACGAAAAAGCUCAGCUGCGGUGGUGCACUGAUAUCGAACCGCUGGGUCGUUACGGCGGCUCACUGUGUCGCGACGACCCCAAACAGCAACCUAAAGGUUCGACUUGGCGAGUGGGACGUUCGGGAUCAGGAAGAGCGGUUAACACACGAAGAGUACUCGAUAGAACGGAAAGAGGUGCAUCCAAACUACUCUCCGAGUGACUUCCGUAACGAUAUUGCAUUGGUUAAACUCGAUCGGAAGGUUGUGUUUCGACAACACAUACUGCCCGUCUGUCUACCUCCCAAGAGCGUGAAGCUGGUAGGCAAAAUGGCAACCGUUGCUGGUUGGGGCCGAACACGGCACGGUCAAAGCACGGUUCCCUCUGUGCUGCAGGAAGUGGACGUUGAGGUAAUACCGAACGAACGAUGCCAGCGAUGGUUCCGGGCGGCCGGGCGGCGCGAAACCAUACACGACGUUUUCCUGUGCGCCGGCUACAAGGAGGGAGGCCGAGACAGCUGCCAGGGUGACUCGGGAGGACCGCUAACGCUUUCGAUCGAGGGACGCAAAACGCUGAUCGGGCUAGUUUCCUGGGGUAUCGGGUGCGGUCGGGAACAUCUACCCGGAGUGUACACCAACAUUCAGAAGUUCGUACCAUGGAUCGAGAAGGUGAUGGGCAAAGAGUACUAGAGAAACGAAGAGGAUUGGAACGAACGCCCGUAUUGACUUCACCAUGACAACUCGAUGGGAAUGUGGAUGUGGACACGCUUAGCAUUCUGGGGAUCGGCAUGCGACGGUGCGAUGUUAGAGCUGUAAGCUGAUAUUAAUCGUAAGGAUGUAUGUAGGUCGGUAAGCAGCGGCGCAAUGCGAGUAGUAAUUUAUUGAUAAAUUAUUUCAACAUGAUUUUGUACAUGAUGCCACGCAUUGGGAGGUUAUGUCAAGGUUUUUUUCUUUCUAACAAAACGUUAUCGUAAGUCUCAAAAUAAAUCCAAACCAAGGAAAACUAA